AUGGAUAUUUCAAGGGCGAAUAGUCGUUUUUCUGUGAUAGUCUUUAUCAUUAUUGCUUUUUCAUUGAAUACAUCUUCACAGCAUCUUUACAGCGAGGAGGAAUCAGAAGAGACUCCCAACAAAUGUAUGGUUUACGGGAGCGACUUUAAACGGUCAUCGAUGGAAACGGAUCAAGAGGAAUUUAACUCUAAAGGUAUUGUUAGGGUACCACUGCUUCUUAACUUACAUCGAUCAAAUUAUGCCUCAAUAGAUCUCUGAAAUCUCGCUUCAAACUCAAAGUUUCCGGAACAGUGAAUUUUAAAAAUUAGAAACAACUUUCUACCUGUGGCGGCUAGCUUCGGUGGAAACUUUCCACCGACCACUCAACCAUUAUUGUUUUGAUGAGAGUAAACGGUAGGUAAUUCUUAAUUCUGACUGAAUUUAUACUCGACGUUUAUAUGCAGACCCACUGAGAUAAUGAAACAGUCAGCCUCUGUUACCUCGGACACGCUUGGGUGCCCGUACUAUUAAAGUGUACGUAAUAUGAGCUUAAAUAUAGCGAUGUGUCCAAAGGCAAGAGCUGUACGGGCUGAAGACCCCGCUAAAAAGAAUGACCCCAGUUGAGAGACUUUCAUUUCCAGUGGGACAGACCUCAAAUUCGUUGUCGCUGCUAAAAAUAUCUGUAAGUCAUAAGUUAUGUGCACGCGAAAAUGGUUUCGGCACCAUUUCAGUCCUAUACCAAUGGCAGAACACUGAACGUGAGCGCAGUUUCCGCCGACAAAGAUACUUGCUAGGAAAACAACGCAAAGUAAAUGCAAUACUUCAAAAAACCAAGCUAAACGCACACGUCGUCAACUAAACAAGAAAAUAAACAAUAAAGCACGCGCCAUAAUAAAUGAGUACAAACGCCAAAAGCGUACAUACAUACACAAUUACAUCAACCCAAAGGAAUGGGCCGGGUUUGCGGGGAUGCCAUUGCAUUGUCAGUUGUGAGGAAAAUUUCUUUCGGAAUGCAAAAUCAUCUCUCUCCCUGAUCGUAGAUGCUAAUAUGGAAAGGUGAGUUAUUAUCACCAAGCUUGAAAAAAAAGGAAACCACCGCACAUUCGAUCGUUGCACUUAAUUCGGCUAAACCGGUUUCUGAAUCAGGAGAUCAGAUCCAGAAGCGUUUUUGAUGCAGUUAAAGGUAGAUGUGUUGACCAAGCUAUAAAUGGAGCUUUUGACCCUAAAUUCAACUUUCAACGGAAGGAGAGGUUUCAUCAAAUUUUCAUUGUCACAACAGAAUUAACACGCAGCUGUUUGACGGUCAUUUCAAGUAGCCACGUCACCUAGUGUGAAUUUCGAAAGAUUUGAUUGGAUAGUAAAAGUUUUGCAAGAUUGCAUUUUAUCAUAGAUAACAGUUUAUGAUUACUCGAGCACUUUAGUCGAUUUGUUAAUAGAUCGAGGUUACGACACUGAUUUGCACUGUAUGAAAUCACGCUAUCUUACAAGAAAAUGGCCUCAGAGGAAACUAACGCUUGUCCUGGUUCAGAUGGUGAUUUGAUAGUUUUUCCAAGAACCUUCUACGACCACUAUGCAGUCCGUGGAGAAAAUGAAGACAUCUUCCACGUAACGUCUGCUAGAGGACUGAAUACCUCUGACAGUCUAUUGAAUUAUAGCAGUGUAUUUCAUUCCACCACAAAUCCCAGCAUGGCAGUCAUAAAGAAGGAAAAAUGCAACGCUUUCAUCGAAGAAUGGGAUAAAGCGUAUGUAGAAAAACAUUGUAGCCUUCCGAUUUCGGAAAUUGUAGACAGAGCUAAUUCUAGAGUUGGUGAAGUAGGAUAUAAUUUGCUUACCAAUAAUUGUGAGCAUUUUGCCCGAUGGUCUUGUGAUGGAGAAUCGAAGAGCAAACAAGCUGAUGCAUUGAUGCCUCGUCUUUUUAUGGCUGUUUCAUCAUUUAUUUCUUCGAUCUUUUUUAUAAUUUUUGUAACGAUGUUUAGAAGAGAAGAAGAAAGAGAAGAAAGAACAUGAUUGCUGUAGAACACCAAGUACAAGAACUGAAGCAGUUACUAAGGACCAGAUAUUUCCUGUUUAAUCGAUGUUUUUUAUGUUUUUGCUUUGUAAGAAAUUUACCAGAUGGUAAAUGUAGUUAAGCCUCAGGGGGGGGGGGGGGGGGGGGCAAAGGGACCCUCCCCCAAUUUUUGCUUUUUUCGUUUUUAAAACCCUUUUUUUUGAAGAAAAGCACGCUAUUUUUAAAAUAAAAAAAAAACUGUUGGUGUGUGAACCUUGACUAAUUUGUUUUUUUUUUGUCUUAUUAUUUUUUUUUCCAUGUCGACUUUUGGCCCUUUUUUUUAUUGCAUCGCGCACAUUGGUCCCUGUUUUCAAGGCCCUAUUCAUGGCUAGACUUUAAUCAUGAUAAGACUAGGUAGCUUAUGGUACAACUGUAUUCAUUGGUCGAGAUUUGAGACACUGUCUAGCUAUAAAGUUUUGCUAUUUCAGACCUGGUCAUUAUUCGCCUAGCUUGCACGAAAGCAAACAGUUACAGUAAUUUUGUUACCCACCCUCCCUCCCUAUGGAGGAGUUUUGUUGUGUUAGGUAUCAAUAAAGUUUCGGGGGUCACUCCUUGUGGUGCGGUUAAGUCUGCGUUGCGACUUCCCCCAAGCUUUCGGCAUUGCUUGUGUCUUGCCAUCUUAUUCAUUUGCCUUAAUCUUGUCCGAUCCAGCUCGUGCGGUGCUGGGGAGAUAAGAAAGGCUCUGCCAAUACUCUUGUCUUACCCCACGGUAGUGGGGCGAUAAGUGAGGCUUGUGUUUUUGCUGUGCGCAUAACCUGAAGUCGCUAGAACCUGCCACAGGGCUGUGUCCCCCCCUUAUAACGCCAUCUUGUAGUAAUUGUCUUAUUUGCCUGCGUGCGCUAUUUAGUUGUGUUACCUUUUCAUGCGUAUCUUAAGCGGAAUAGUGACGUUAAAUGCUUUUUUUUUCACACCUUCCUUUUCUAUAGUAUGUUGUGUAUCGUUUCCGUACGCCGAAACGUAGUGUUUCUAUAGGGUUAAUUUUUAAUCUUUACUUUGAAUCGCAGAUCACAUCCAUUUGACAAGUCAGUUUAAUUAUUUAGUAGGUCCAGUUAAUACUUUAAUGUGUACAUGUGUCUUUCUUCCCGAUAACUGUUGAUAAACAAGGAGAUAUCCAGGUCAUUAACGCAUGAAAUAAUCAAUUUACACUUCUUUAACCCUACAAAACAGGUCAUUUCGGAGUUGCCCCAAGACUCUGUUUCAAAGCGAGGCUUAGUGCUAAGCCAUUGAUAUGGAAAUGCCUUUUUAUUCUCAUGGGAAUAAAACACAUUUUCACGGAAAGGUUUUGUACUUAGCCUCGUUUUGAAAGUGAGAGUUUUUGGAACUAAGAAAUGGCAUAUUCUGAAAAUAAAAAAUGCUAUCUGCUGAUAGUAAGCGAGCUUCUUUAGUCCUUAAAUGAACUUGGUAGUGUUUAAAUUUGUUUAGCAAUAUGGAUCUUUGACUAAAAUUACUAAAGAGAAACUUCCCAAAAUUGUUUUUACGUUGUCUUUCUUCUUCUCUUUCUUUUCUGGCCUUGUCUUUCUCUUUCUUCUAAUGUGGGAGUAAAUAAUUUGUCACUGAUCUAUGUGCUUGCCUUUGAAGAGAAGGUCUCAGGCGGAAUUUAUAACCUCCUAGGUAUUCAUGGUUAAAUAUUGUGUCAAAUUUAUCAUUCAUUAUUUUAACGUUUGCAGUCUUUCCCAUCUUGCCUUCCUAUUCUUCCUGAUAAAUAGUUAAUGUUGUUGGGUUUUUAAUAGGUAAUAAUUUCCCUUUAAUUGACUUCUCUUGCGUAAGCCCAACAAGAACUCCUUCCUCACUAAACUGAUAAAAAACCACUUCCAAAAUAUAAGACAAACCUCCCCGAUGAAGCCCAUAAUUUGAAAAACCCCCUAUUUAAAAUAUAAACGUAACUCCCCCAGAUUUACACGUGGAAAGAUCAUCUUUGCUAUUAUUGGACGCCAAAUGUAUUUUUAGUAUUUAGAGUGGUUAUUCGUAUGUAACCAAAACAAAGGUGGUAUUUACAAAUAACCACAUUACAGUUACCAAAAUAUAAACAUGAUUAUUUACAAAUAACCAAAACUGAAAUUUGGUUAUCUAGCAAAUAACCCAAAUUAAAAAGUAGUUAUUUCUAAAUAACCAAAAUGCAAAGCUUUUUAAAUAACCAAAAUGUGAGACUGGUUUUUUAUACAUGACCAGAAUGGAAAGUUGGUCAUCUAUCAAUGCACAAUUGGUUAUUUAGUAAACAACCGAAAUGAACAAUAUUUAUUUAUUUAAAAUUAAAAAAAAAUUGCAAAAAUGGUUAUUUACCUAAUUUGGUCUUAACAAGUGACCACGUGUCCCAUUUUUCCGCUCAUUUCCCAUAAUGACCUGCAGACUUCAAUUUCCACAUGGCUUCUUUCAACGAUGACACUUAACAAUUACUCCAACGGUGCGCGUUUUAUAAAAGCUUAGUCGGAAUAUCAUAAGCUGUCUGAUACUUCCUUACAAUGAUUUUUAUCUUUCAGCUUGCGGUGCAGUCGUGAAAUGCUACCCGAACGAAAUGUCCAUCUUUCUUUCCAAGUCCUUACUUCUGGGCGUCAAUCGACAGAACCUUCGACUCUUGGACUCUAAUUGCACAGCGAAAGAUAAUGGAACGCACUUUUUUCUAACGACGACGUUGAUUGGCUGUAGCACCUCGAGCAGGCACACAAAUGACAGUGUAGUAUACAGCAAUAUGGUUCGGCAAGUGUUUUCACCGACAACAGUUAUCACGAGAGCACCAGAAAUUAGGAUUUCCUUCAGUUGCCAUUAUUCCAAACAUGGUAUCGUAUCUACUGGUGCUCUAACAAGGAGAAAGACAGCGAAAAUGGGAUCGAGACAAGCUGCUGGUCAAGAUUUCGCAUCAACUGAAAACAUAUGUAGGAAUGAACGGUAAGAUAUGUCCCAUUACAAGAGUCUAUCAAUCCAAGUCUGUUUAAGGCUGGGCCUAGGCCCUCUAUUCAUGGCUAUAAGUCAUGAGCCUUUUUGUCAAGUACUUGUAUGAGUUGGUUUUCGUUAAGUGACAGCUAAAAAAGGCGUUUGAAUAGAGGUCACUCAAUUGGUGUCCCACUUAAAGAGAUAGCCACUUUAACUGACGAUCAAAGAAAAUGACCGAAGAAUGGAAGGGACAAAACAAAGAUGUCAUAAUACUUUUAAUAACCUUAUCCAAGACGACUCCCUGAUCUUUAGGGGCUCAAACUAUCAUUUCAUAGAAAACCGUUAAGGGUAUAGGAUAAACUCUUCACCUGAAAUAUGAUGAACAUUUUACCCAGAUUAAAUAUCGUCUGUCCCACGUACUUUUCUUUCUGUUUUAUUUUUCCAGGCUUUUCUUCUAUUCCGGUAAUCCUACCUGCCCAGCAAGAAGGAAAAGUCACACAACCGUUAAAAAAGAAGAAAGGACCGAAUAUAGAGAGGGUGUUCCCUAG